AUCCAUCCUCACCAUUCCCUGCCGUUUCCCAUUCCCAAUUCCAUUCCAUUUGUCGAUUCUGAUUUUGGUUUGAAAAGCGACAAAAGAAAAAACAAAAUGCUCGACCGAUCCCUCGGGCCGCAGCAGCCGGCGGAGGCCGGCGCCGGCGCCGGCGAGGGCGGGGGAAAGGUGGAUCGGGUCCUGUUCAAGGACCUGGUCGAGAUGGUGCCGCUCGUGGAGUCCCUCAUGGAUCGGAGGACGAACCCCUCGUAUUCGCGGCGGGCCUCCCUGGUGUACACGCCGGCGCCGGCCAAGAAGGCUGCUGAUUUAAAAAGUGCGAAGGCACAACAAAGUGUGUCAGCGAAAAAGCGGAGAGAUCCUGGAGACACAGGAAAGAAGAGUACACCAGAUUCGAAUGGUGAGAACGGCUCGGUUGUGCCGUUGGGUCUGUCGGGGGCUGAAAAUAAACCCAAAGACAAGGAUGAUAUUGCUUCACUACGUGAGCAGAUUGAAGAGCUGCAGAAGGAACUGCUUCAAAAAGAGGAGGCGCUAAGGACUGCCGAAAGUUCAGUGAGUGAGAUGAAUGCAGUAUAUUCAACCAUUGACGAGCUCAAACGCCAAGUUGCUGAGAAAGAAGCUUUGAUCAAAUACACCAAUUCUCAGUUGCACAAUGCAAAGAUUAUGCUUGCUGACAAGCAAGCAUCUUUAGAAAAAUUGGAAUGGGAGGUAAAAACGUCAAACAAGAAGGUGGAAGAUCUUCAAGGAGAUGUCUCCAAUAUGGAGUUUGAGAUAAGCUCAUUGAUGACAUUAUUUGAAAAAAUUUCAGAGAAUGUUUCUGGUGAUUGUUAUGAUGGUACUAUACCAUCUUAUGAAUUAGAGGAACUUCAAUCAGUGAGCGAAAUUGACAAGAUUGAGGUGGACAAGAUAGAGCAGGAAAGAGUUACAUAUGCUGAAGCCCUUGCUGCUGCAAGGGAGAACCCUAACGAAGAACACUUGAAUUCAGUUGCGGAGGCACGGUCAAGGCUGCAGGGCCUUGUUGUACUAUAAUGCACGAAGUGCCAAUUGUAAUGUAUGUACGAUAAUGCUGAGUUGCUGAUGUAAUUAUAAGUGUGGGGAUUGACCUGAAUUGUGUGUGUGACCGUUCUGAAGGUAAUUGAUCAAGCACUUGAAAAUGGACACUUAUUUAGUCCGGGAGUCAUAUUUAUCCAGUUCUGGGCUCUCCAUUUUUGAGGAUUAGAAAACAUUAGCUGUUCAUUUGAUGAUGAAUGUUCUUACUGUA